AUGACUGACAACGACAGGAUUGCUCGGUUCCUUCUAGAUACCGACCCUAAAACGGCAAAAGACAACGAUGUUGAUGAUUCUACUAAACGGUUUAAAUAUCUUUUGGGACUUACGGAUCUUUUUCGUUACUUCAUAGACAUAAAUGCCUCCAAAGAUGCACAGUUCAAGAAAUUGAUCAAACAAAUCGAUAACAAGGUCUCUUUCACGCUGUUGGGUGCGAAAAGCAAGAAAAACAAUAGCAAUAAGAGAUCGAGACGUAAGACGGAGAAGGAAGAGGAUGCUGAGUUGUUGGAAGAAGAAGAACAUAUCGGAGACGAGGAAUCUCAGAGAACAGUUUUGACCGAGUCGCCUUCGUUCGUACAGCAGGGGACCUUGAGAGAAUAUCAAAUCCAAGGUCUCAACUGGUUGAUAUCGUUAUAUGAAAAUAAAUUAAGUGGGAUCUUGGCUGAUGAAAUGGGACUUGGUAAAACAUUGCAGACCAUAUCGUUUUUAGGCUAUUUAAGGUAUGUGAAGGGCAUAGAUGGUCCCUUUAUAGUUAUUGUUCCCAAGUCAACUUUGGAUAAUUGGAGAAGAGAAUUUGCCAAAUGGACUCCGGAAGUAAAUGUAGUUGUAUUGCAAGGAAACAAAGAAGAUAGACAAGAUGUUAUUAAAAAUAGAUUAUUGACAGCGGACUUCGACGUACUCAUCACAUCCUUUGAAAUGGUGAUACGAGAGAAAUCUCAGUUGAAAAAGUUCAGAUGGGAAUAUAUUAUUGUUGAUGAAGCCCAUAGGAUUAAAAAUGAGGAUUCAAGUUUAUCGCAAAUUAUCAGGUUAUUCUACUCUAAGAACAGACUAUUGAUUACUGGAACUCCUUUGCAAAACAAUCUUCAUGAAUUAUGGGCAUUAUUGAAUUUCUUGCUCCCAGAUGUCUUUGGUGAUUCUGAAGUUUUCGACGAAUGGUUCGAGAACCAAAGCAAGCAGGAAAACGAAGAUGGAGAUGGGGAUGGAGGGGACAAAGUAGUACAACAACUUCACAAAGUGCUAUCCCCCUUCCUUCUCAGAAGAGUUAAGGCUGAUGUAGAAAAAUCCUUGUUACCUAAGAUUGAAACUAAUGUUUAUAUUGGAAUGGCUGAUAUGCAAUUAAACUGGUAUAGAAAGCUUUUGGAAAAAGAUAUAGAUGCUGUCAAUGGGGUUGUUGGGAAAAGAGAAGGUAAAACCAGAUUAUUGAAUAUUGUAAUGCAGUUGAGAAAAUGUUGUAACCAUCCAUACUUAUUUGAUGGUGCGGAGCCUGGUCCACCGUUCACUACUGAUGAGCACCUUGUGUUUAAUUCUGGAAAAAUGAUUAUCUUGGAUAAAAUGCUUAAAAAGUUCAAACAGGAUGGAUCAAGAGUUCUUAUAUUUUCGCAAAUGUCUCGUCAAUUGGAUAUUCUCGAGGAUUACUGCUUUUUCAGAGAAUAUGAAUAUUGCAGAAUUGAUGGUCUGACAAGUCACGAAGAUAGAAUUGAUGCCAUUGACGAGUAUAACGAACCAGAUCUGGACAAGUUUAUCUUUUUACUUACUACAAGAGCUGGUGGAUUGGGUAUCAAUUUAACUAGUGCUGACAUUGUCAUCUUGUAUGACAGUGACUGGAAUCCUCAAGCUGAUUUACAAGCUAUGGACCGAGCUCAUAGAAUUGGACAAAAGAAACAAGUCAAAGUAUACAGAUUUGUUACCGAAAAUGCAAUUGAAGAAAAGGUCUUGGAAAGAGCUGCUCAAAAAUUGAGAUUGGAUCAGUUGGUUAUUCAGCAAGGAAGGCAACAACAGUCCAACGCUCAAACAGGAAUUGGAAAUACUAAGGAUGAUUUACUUGGUAUUAUUCAACAUGGUGCAAAAAAGGUUUUUGAAGAUGGUGCUAAGAAUGGAAGUGCUAGUUUGUUAGAUGCUGAUAUCGACGCAAUCUUGGCUAAUGGGGCAGAAAAGACGGCUAAUUUGAAUGCUAAAUUUAACAAGUUAGGUCUUGAUGACUUGCAAAACUUUACUUCAGAUUCCUCGACCUAUGAAUGGAAUGGUCAAAACUUCGCGAAGAAAGAUUCCUCUGAUUUGGGCUUCAGUUGGAUCAAUCCUACUAAAAGAGAGAGAAAAGAGCAAACAUAUUCAGUGGACAAUUAUUAUAAAGAUGUAUUGAAGCAAGCUGCACUUGCGAAUAGUAAGAGUUCUGCAAACUCAUCAAAUGCGGCCGCUAAAUUGGCUACUCACCGCCCAAGACAACCAAAACUUUACAACAUACAAGAUCAUCAAUUUUUCCCUGAAGGUCUUAAGGAACUCCUAGAUAGAGAGCAAUUAUCUUUCAAAAAAUCCAUUGGCUAUAAGUUUACACUUGAUGAAUUUGGUGAUAGUGAUGACGAAUUCUUGGCUGAUGAUUUCAAAAAAGAAGUUGAACAAACGAGGGAAGAGAAAAGGGAAUUUCAUCAGAAACAAGUUAAUGAUGUCGUUCCUUUGACUGAAGAAGAGAUAGAACGAAAGGAUAAUUUACUCGCAGAGUCUUUCCAUUCUUGGACAAGACGUGAUUUCACCAAUUUUAUUCAUGGAUCUGCAAAGUUUGGAAGAGACAAUUAUAAGUUGAUAUCUUCACAAGCUAUGGGUGGAAAUAAAUCUCCAGAAGAAGUCCAGAGGUAUCUGAGCAAAUUUUGGGAAAACUAUAGGCUUAUUGAAGGCUAUGAUAAGUACAUAUCUCAAAUUGAAAGCAGCGAACGAAAAUUAGCAAAAUUAAUGAACCAACAAAAACUUCUUGCAUUCAAAAUGGAAUCGUUAAAACAUCCUUUAGAGAAUCUAAAGAUACAAUAUCCACCUAAUAAUUCAAAACGCGUGUAUUCCAAGAUUGAAGACAGAUUCAUUUUGUUCUGUGUCAAUAAAUACGGAUUGUUUAGUGAGAAUCUUAUGGAAAGAAUCAAGGAGGAUAUAAUGGCUUCAGAUUUAUUUAAAUUUGACUGGUUUAUUCUCUCAAGGACUCCGCAAGAACUUUCAAGAAGAGUUAAUACUUUGUUAUUGGCAAUCACAAGAGAAUUGGAAGGUCCCGGUGCAAGCAGAAAGAAAAAUAUCGGCUUGUUAAAGAGCAACAAAUCGAAUGAUAGUAGACCUAGCUCAACUGAACCAUCGGUUAAAGAGGAAGUUAAUAAUGAACUUAAUUCUAAUGGUAAAAGAAAUGGUAAUAGUUCUAAGGUAGACGUGAUAGAUAAAAAGAGGAAAGCGGCGGUUGUUUAG